CAGCGCGCACACACAACACACACUAAAAUAUACAUACAUAUCACAUACAAUUAUACACACAGUCUCCCUCUUUUGCGUCUUCCCUAAUUCCCAAUUCACAUUUCUGUUAAUUGCAUAAAACCUUCCACAACCCAGAAAUAAUUAAUAUAGUUUCUUGAAUUUAUUCGAAAAAUACUGCAAAAAUGGAGAAGAACAGUGAUGGGUUUGUGAGGGCCGAUCAGAUUGAUUUGAAAAGUUUAGAUGAGCAACUGGAGAGGCAUCUCAAUAGGACUUGGACUAUGGAGAAAAACAAGAAAAAUCAAGAAGAUUCCCCCAUCGCCGCCGCCACCACCACCACCACUACCGCCACCACAAUCGGAGGCGGCGCUGCCAGUAGGACGCAGAGAUAUGAGUGGGAGAUUGACCCCUCUAAGCUGAUCAUCAAGGGCGUCAUUGCACGUGGCACUUUUGGGACUGUACACCGUGGCAUUUAUGAUGGCCAAGAUGUUGCCGUUAAACUGUUGGACUGGGGGGAAGAGGGCCACAGGACGGAAGCUGAAAUUGCGUCGCUGAGGGCAGCUUUUACUCAAGAAGUUGCAGUUUGGCAUAAACUUGAUCAUCCUAAUGUAACUAAGUUUAUUGGGGCAACAAUGGGGUCUUCAGAACUUAAUGUUCAGACGGAAAAUGGUCACAUUGGAAUGCCUAGUAAUAUAUGUUGUGUUGUCGUUGAAUAUCUUCCGGGAGGUGCUUUGAAAUCUUACCUUAUAAAGAACCGGAGAAAGAAGCUCGCAUUCAAAGUAGUUGUACAGAUUGCACUGGAUCUUGCCAGAGGGUUAUGUUAUCUUCACUCUCAGAAGAUUGUUCACAGAGAUGUUAAAACCGAAAAUAUGCUGUUAGACAAGAACCGCACAGUGAAAAUAGCAGAUUUUGGAGUUGCCCGUGUUGAAGCCUCAAAUCCAAACGACAUGACGGGAGAAACGGGGACCCUUGGCUACAUGGCUCCCGAGGUCCUCAAUGGCAACCCGUACAACAGGAAAUGCGACGUAUACAGUUUUGGCAUCUGUUUAUGGGAGACGUAUUGUUGUGACAUGCCAUAUCCCGACCUUAGUUUUUCAGAAGUGACUUCAGCAGUUGUUCGCCAGAAUCUAAGGCCCGAGAUACCUAGGUGUUGCCCGAGUUCCCUUGCUAAUGUGAUGAAACGAUGCUGGGAUGCCAACCCGGAUAAGAGGCCUGAAAUGGACGAGGUAGUUUCCAUGUUAGAGGUCAUCGACACAACGAAAGGUGGAGGAAUGAUCCCUCCUGAUCAACAAGAAGGUUGUUUCUGUUUAAGGAAGCGUCGCGGGCCUUGAAAAUUUAUGUUCGGGCUAGCUUAUGACUAUGUUUCUUAAGCUCAAUUUCCAAACAUUGAAAUCUUAAUUAUGGACAUAAAAAGAACUGGAAUUUCUGAGCCAAGAAACUCUAUAAUGACGAGAUGUGUUGCAAAUAUUUUGAACGGUAUAUAUUUUAUUGAUCGUUUACUUCUAAUAUUUCAUUUGCUUC